AUGCCUCACCCAAUUAAUGUGAGACAAGAGUCCAGCAUCCCUACCUAUGGACAACCCAUGUCAUUAAACACCAAGCUUCAGGACUGCUGUGUAGCCUCGCCGACAUCCAUGUUCAGAAUGUGUACAAAACAUAACAGCAAGGCCCCAGCACCAGGUGCCACCUCUUGUCGGGAAGUGGUAAGGAGCACAGAUAGCCUAUUCUCUCUGGUCAAAGUUGUGCUCAGACGACAAAGGAAGGGUAAAUGCCAUAUAAAGAAAAGUUCAAAGGAAAAAAUAACAGUCAGCCAAGAUCUUGAGGAUAGAUAUGCCAAAUAUGCAGCUGCUACUCAAGUGUUGUCCAGGGACAGUGGGAUGACAGCCUGGAAGUUGCUUCCUGAAACCCAAGAGGGACAGCAGUUGGAGGACAUGUCAACCAUCCGGUAUCAGGCUCUGCACCAUGCUGUGGUGGAGCCCAUGCUCUGAGAUCCUUCUAAAACCCCCAAGAGGUACAGAUUGGAGCUAGGUAAAGCCAUUAAACAAAGGCUCCAAGAAGCUCUGCACAGUCAGCUGCCACCAGGAGUGCAGAGAGGAACCUGGAGCUGA